AUGGAUCCCCAUUACAUAGAUAUACCUUGGGUUGAACAUGGCGAACAGGUGCAUACUUCUGAUAACAUAUCAAGUCCAACUACUGAAGCUCUUAAUGAAAGAAGCCCCGAAAAUUUCAUGGCAGCGAUGCUUCAUGAUGUUUUCAGUAACCAUGUGCAUAUGGAUGAGUCAGACCAUGUUGCUGAAUCUUCUUCUGCGUGUGAUGAAACAACUGAUAAUGGCCAAUUCGACAACAUUCUACGAGAAGCAGAUGGAGAAUUAUAUCCAGGUAGUAGGAAGAAAAAGUUGGAUUUUGUGGUGAAAUUAUAUCAAUCAAAAUUGUUAUAUGGAAUGAGUGAUGCUGUAUUUGGUUCAGUGUUGGCACUAAUAAGAGAGCAUUUUCCUAUGUGCGAGACUCUUCCUCCAAAUUUGUACUAUACAAAGAAGAUUAUCCGGGCUUUAGGGUUGGAUUACCAAAACAUAGAUGCGUGUCGAAAUAAUUGCAUGCUAUUCUGGAAAGAGCAUGUAAAUGCCAUCGUUUGUGCAAAGUGUGGUGCUAGUAGAUAUAAGCAGAGGAAGGGAAAUUCAGGAACGAUCCAAUGUACGAAGGUACCAAAAAAGGUUUUACGCUACUUUCCCAUAGGUCCUAGACUACAAAGGUUGUACAUGUCUCGUUACACAGCUGAGUCAAUGAUAUGGCAUUCAGAGAUUAGAACUGACGAUGGUGUUUUGAGGCACCCUGCUGAUUCUCCGGCUUGGAAGCAUUUGGAUAAUACAUAUCCAGAUUUUGCAAGUGAGUGUCGCAAUGUCCGUCUUGGGCUUGCAAGCGACGGAUUCAAUCCGUUUGGCAAAAAAAGUCCCGGUGAUGUAAUUGAUGUUUUCCUGCAGCCGCUAAUUGAUGACUUACGACAUUUGUGGAUGACAGGUUUGCGAACAUUUGAUAGUCACCAUCAAGAAACCUUCACCAUGCGUGCUGCAUUGUUGUGGACUAUCAAUGACUUUCCUGCUUAUGCCAUGCUCUCAGGGUGGAGCACUAGUGGUGAGAAAGCUUGUCCGACUUGCAGUGAUGACACCGAUUCUUUAUGGCUUAAGCAUGGGAAAAAGUUUGCAUUCAUGGGACAUAGACGAUGGCUCCCGAUGUCACACAGAGAGAGAAAUGUAGCUGAAAAUGUUAUUGGCACUCUUUUGGAAAUUGAAGGGAAAACUAAAGAUGGUAUUAGGGCAAGGGCUGAUCUCGUAGAGUUGGGCAUUAGGCAUGAUCUCCACCCACGGGCAGAUGGUGCCCGUACAAAGCUUCCAGCGGCGGAAUACAAUAUGAAACCUGGGGAGAAAAGAAUGUUGUGCCAGGUUUUGGAAUCAAUUCGGGUGCCAGACAACUACUCUUCUAAUAUCAGCAACUGUGUUAAUAUUCAAGAAAAGAAGUUAAUUGGAUUGAAAAGCCACGAUUAUCAUAUGCUGAUGCAGGUCUUCCUCCCUAUUGCAAUACGAAAAGUGUUACCGAAAUCGGUUAUUAUAGUGUUGUUAGAGUUGAGCAGAUUUUUUCGCCAACUUUGUUCAAAAACUGGAACUGAAGAAUUGUUCAAUGGCUUGUCAAAAAGCAUUGCCUUAACUCUAUGCCAUCUGGAGAAGUUAUUUCCGCCAUCAUUCUUUACCGUUAUGGUACACUUGAUAAUUCACCUUGCGGAUGAAGCUGCUGUUGCUGGCCCGGUCCCAUACCGAUGGAUGUACCCCAUUGAAAGGUACCUACAUCUUCUAAAAUCGUAUGUGCGCAACAAGAGUCAACCAGAAGGAUGUAUUGCAGUGGCUGUUAAUCUAGAUGAGUGUGUAUCAUUUUGCUCCAUGUACAUGGAGGACUCUGUUGUUACCCGUCGCAAUAGGCCUGGACGUAACUAUGAUGUGAUGCAAGGUGAUGCACGGCAAGGACUUCCUUUAUUUGGUAGCCAAGGCAAACCAGCAAGUGCUGUUGAAACUGUUUUACUAGAACGUCCGAGGUUUGAAAUGGCUCAUCGCUAUGUCCUUGUAAAUUAUCCGCAAAUGGCAGAAUACUUAAGGAGACAUAUGUCAGAUGUAAUUUCCACUCGUGGCAGAAGAACUACCAUAUAUGAUGCAGAAAGAGAAGCUUUAGAUAGUUUCCCUCAAUGGUGUCGGGAUAAUGUACAUAAUAUAUAG